AUGUCUGCCUCCGCCCCCGUCGAGAAGGCUGAUGCCCUCGCCCGCAAGGCCGCCGCCAACGCCCCAGGCCAGAAGACCGGCUUGGCCCUCUACUCCAGAUUCGCCCUUGCCGGUGCUAUCUGCUGUUCGCUCACCCACGGUGGCAUGACUCCCGUCGAUGUCGUUAAGACCAGAAUCCAGCUUGACCCCGUCACCUACAACGGUGGUCUGAUCGGUGGUUUCCGCCAGGUCAUCGCGAAGGAGGGUGCUGGUGCCCUUCUGACCGGUGUUGGCCCUACCUUCGCCGGUUACUUCCUGCAGGGUGCUUUCAAGUUCGGUGGAUACGAGUACUUCAAGCAGCAGGCCAUCAACAUGGUCGGUAUUGAGAAUGCCUCCAACUACCGAACCGGUGUCUACCUUGCCUCCUCCGCCUGUGCUGAAUUCUUCGCCGAUAUUGCCCUCUGCCCUCUUGAGGCUACGCGUAUUCGUCUCGUCUCCGAGCCCACAUACGCCAGCGGUCUUGUCAGUGGUAUGAGCAAGAUGGCCAGCCAAGAGGGUCUCGGUGCUUUCUACGCUGGUUUCGGACCUAUCCUCUUCAAGCAGGUCCCCUACACCAUGGCCAAGUUCGUUGUCUACGAGAAGGUUGCCGAGGCUGUCUUCCGCCAGUACCCCAAGAGCCAGAUGUCCGACGGCAUGCAGACUGUUGUCAACUUGGGCUCCGGUCUGAUUGCCGGUUUCGCCGCCGCUAUCAUCUCCCAGCCCGCCGACACCAUGCUUUCCAAGAUCAACAAGACCAAGGGUCUGCCUGGUGAGGGAACUACCAGCCGUCUGAUUAAGAUCGCCAAGGAGCUUGGCCUGCGUGGAUCCUACAGCGGAAUCGGUGCCCGUCUCUUCAUGGUCGGUACCCUGACUGCUGGUCAGUUCGCCAUCUACGGUGACAUCAAGAAGGCUCUCGGUGCUACCGGUGGCGUUGAAAUCUCGAAAUAA